AUUUCCCAGGCGUACUUAGGAAACCAUUAACGGAUCAUUUUAAAUUAUUGUUAUGAUUGAAAGAUUUGGAAAUACCCCUUAAUCUGUUAAUUUGCAUUCGAUAAAUUUGCUGGUAACUAUUUCAAUAAGAAGAAUUGGUAGUAUGAAUAAGUAGUUUCCGCAAAAACGUACAUAGGUAAAGAUAGUGACAAUAAGUGAUAGAAGAGUACAAAAGUAGUUUAAUAUUAUAAAUAAUAUGUUUAGUGAAAUUUUUAAGUGUUUAUCGUUUGUUUUAUUAUUAGUGAUAAUGAAAACAGUUGACUGUGAUACAAAUAAUUGUAACUGUAAACCAUUGAGGCAAUGUCCGACUUUUAUAAAGUACUUAAGAACUUUAGAAAAACCUCUGAAACAAACUACUGUGGAGUUUAUAAGGGGUCAAAAAUGUGGAUAUCAAGAUGGAUAUCCGAAAAUAUGCUGUUUGAAUUCAUAUACGAAUAAUCCUUUGUUGAGGAACAAGCCACCUCCAGGUAAACGCUGCAAUUCAACCUCGGAAUGCGUCAUUUUGAAGGACUGCGUUCCUUUUAUGACUUUCAUCAAUUCGAUAGAAAAACCUUUGAAACCAACCGUUGUAAAGUUCCUUAGAAAUCAAGAAUGUGGAUUUGAAAAGGGAUUUCCAAAAGUGUGUUGCGGUAAGGUGCCAAGAAACUUACGUGUUUUGAAACAUUAUAGACUGAAUCCACGAGUACCUGUUAAUGUCUUAAGUGCUCCCAUGGAAACUAACGAUAAUGGAAUGACGGAUUUGUUCAGAAUUGUGAAUAAAGAAAAUAUUCAAGCAAGUAGUGUUAAGUCGCAGGAUCUAAGAAAGAAAUCUGAAGCUAUGAAUAAACAGUUUGCCAGUAUGCAGUUUAUGGAUUUUACCGAUGGUUUUGAUUUGAUGAUACGGAAAAAGCGGUCCGAUGUUGGUGCUUUUGUUGAUGUAGAAAUUAGAUAAUAUGUACUAUAAAUUAUGAUUAAUAUUAAAAUUAAAAGUAA